CCGCCCCUUUGGAACGCGACACGACACACAGCCAGAGGGUUUGCAUGACGCCGCGUCCGCCAUUUUGCUUUUUUUGACCCCACCCGCGGGAGCCCCGUGUCGCCGCUCCUUUGUCCGCCUCGGGACCCUCCGGGGCUGCCGCGCUCACACGUGCACGUGGAUCUCGGGGGCGGCGGAGUGAAGUUUUCCCUUCUUGGUCUGUGCAGCCACUCCAGAGCAAUAUAGCUACCUGGAAUGGAGAUUGGAACUCUUUACAGGAAGCACAAAACAGUUGAAGUAGAAACAGUGCAGAAGAAAAGAAGAAGUGAGGAAGAAAAUAGUAGCUUCUGUUCGGACUCACCAACAGAAUAUGAAUGCGUCAUGGAUGGUGUGGAAUUUGCUGUUCAUUCUUAUGAUAUUGGAUUGUACGUGAACUCGCCCACUCCUCUCACAGAUGAUCUGAAGUAUAAUCUUCUUGUGAAUACCUUCACACCAGCCCAUGACUACAAUUUCAAGGGAGAUUCAACAGGCAUACGCAGCUUUCGUCACAUAUGGUUAAUUAGAUACUCACCCUGGCUUUGCUACUCUUCCUAUUUGAAAGGACCAUUCUGUAAAUACUGCAUAGUCUUCCCACAGCCUGAUCUUUGUGGGAGGCAGGGGGGCUUCAUCAUGGUGCCCUUUGUGAGGUACAACGAUUUUCACGUCUCUGCCAAAAAACACAUGUCCAGCGCAUGGCACAAGAGUGCCGAAAUCGACGCAACUAACUUCUUAACCAGCAGGAACGUUUUCGAAACGAACUUUGCUUGUCAGCUUGACAGCAGCAUUAACCGGAUAGUCAAUGAAAACCGUAAAAAGCUGCACUCGAUCUUGUCAACCAUCAUAUUUUGUGGCACCCACGACAUUCCUUUACAUGGGGAAACAAGAAAAACGGGGGACAUGCAGAGUCUCUUGGCGUUUCGCGUUGAAGCCGGAGAUGUGAGCCUAAGAGAACAUCUAGACAGCGAGGCCGGGAAUGCUUGGGACACGUCCGUCCAGAUUGAAAAUGAACUGAUUAAGCUGUGUGUGGAUGCCAUUAGAGAAGAGAUUGUUUCUGCCGCCAAUGGCUCUGCUGGUUUUUCAGUUCUUGUGGGUGAAAGCACCGAGAUCUCUGGGGAGGAACAUGUGUCACUCGGCGUACGUUUUGUUGAGAUGACUGGCACUAAACCUCAAGUUCGAGAGGAAUUCCUUGGUUUUGCAGCAUUGAAGGGAUGGGACACUACCUGCACUGCUGAAACCAUCAUUGAGGAGUGCACCAAGUAUGGUUUAAAUCUUGAAAAAUUAUGCGGCCAAGGGUACGACGGAUGCUCCAGAUUGGUUGGGAGAGAGGCUGGUGUGCAAGCUAAAAUAAAAAGUAGGUACCCCAAGGCUACUUUUGUUCACUGUGCGGCGCACACACUCAACCUGGUUGUGAAUGACUUAAACACUGUACCUGAGAUAAGGAAUGCAGUUGGCACAAUAAAAGCUAUCCUUCACUUUUUCCAUGAGAAUCUGAGCAGAAGAAACCUUAUUCCGUCGCUGGGUGAAGCACUUUGGACUGCAAACUACAAGCAUGUCAGAUUUUUUUCCAAGAAUUUUAUACAGUUCUUUGAUCAGUUAAGAAACCUGGCUGCUACAGCUUCAGGUCAAACCUGCCAGGAUGCGUACCAAUUAUACUGUGUUUCAAGAACACCUAAUUUCCUCUUUUGCCUUGUUAUAAUGUCAAACUAUUGCAGUAAGUUAGAGUCAGUGACCCAAGCUCUGCAGACUGUUCAGCUUGAUAUGAUGAAAGUGUAUGAACACAUCCAAGAGCUCUUAACUGUCUUUCGUGGCCACAGAGAAAAAGCAGAGGAACACUUCAAGGGAAUUCUUUCGGAAGUACAAGAACUAGCAGAAAAAUUGGAUAUUGACUUACGUAUUCCCAGACAGAGUGACUUGCAAAGGAACUCAAAUGCCAGUGUCACAACUGCGGAGGAAUAUUUCCGCCAGUCACUCUAUAUACCCUACUUGAACUCAGUAAUCUCAUGGCUGGAAAGCCGGUUUGCUCCAGAAAGCAAGGUGGUUUUUGGAAUCUUUUUGCUUCAUCCAAAAAAAAUGGCUACUGUUGGCCUUGAGAUGUUGAAAGCGGAGAUGGAAAAAAUCAGUGAAUUAUAUGAAAUUGAAAAUCUGGAAACUGAAACAAUCACCUGGUUUGAAAAGUGGUUGGGGAAGAAGGAAGAAAGAGUUGAAAAUGGGGAGAAUGGACUUCUGGAUUUGCUGCAAUACGUUGACCAAUAUCCUUCGAUUCAACAAACCAUUUCGAUUGCUCUGGCAUUGCCAGUAACAACUUGUACUAUGGAAAAAUCAUUCAGUACAAUGAGAAGGGUAGAAACAUUGUUGAAGUCAUCAGUGGUAGAUAACCAGUCGUCUGGACUUUUCAUGAUGAGUGCUCAUCGGGUAAAAAUUAAUGAAAGUAAGAACGUGUUACUCCAAAAAGUGAUUGACAGAUUUGGAGAAGAUAACAGUCGUUUACAAUUUGUCUUUGAAAAAUAACUGGUUGGCUAUUUUCUAAUUAUUUUUAUAAAGAGGGAGGAAUAUGAGGAAUAAAAAGCAUAAAAAGACUAAAAUGAAAGUGGCAAAAUUACAGAUGGCAGUUCAACAAAUCCAGAAUAUAAUAAAGAUUAUUAUGUUCCAGUAUAUAAUUAGAAACCUAUGAUAUAAAAUAUAUUAUCCAUUUUCUAAACAUUUAAUGUCUGUAUUGAGGUGUAACCUGAAAAGACUUGAUUAAUAUAGUGUAUAUCACUAGGAAAAAUUAUCAACAUCAUUAAGUCAAACGUUUUCCAUCAAAUUUUAACAUAUAAAGUGUCUAAGAAAAUCUAACAUUUCCAUAAUGUCUACUCAUAAAUUUUCUAAUUUGGGAAUGGAAGUGUUGAUUUAGUGUUAAUUCUAAUUAUGUUGGAUCGAUGCUGGUCUAUAAGCAAGGCACAUUUUAUUGGAUUGUACUUUUAUGUUCUUUUUAGAGUACUGCAGUGAAAUUACAUCCAUGUUUACUGAGAAAUAAGCUCUACUGAAUUCAGUAGGAUUUAUUUCCAAGUGAUUACAGUAGCUGUUUAAAGGAUUGGAUUAUGUCAUGACUUCGUUUGGAUUUUUCCUGUGAGUCUGCUCUAAGGAAAAUGAACUUUGGAUGCAUCUGUUGGUUGCUUUUUAACAACAGAUAUAAUAUCUGUUGGGGGAGCAUAUUUUAGCUAAAAUAACUCUUAAAUGUAGUGGUCAGUAUUUGCUCUAUCAUUUGAAAUUGUGUUGUAUCUAUGUCCAUAAGGAAUGGGUUUGAUCAUGUUAUUCUUUGAAUACUGGAAUUCCAGCCUUUUCUCCUCCUCCUCCUCCUCGAUCCAACCUCAUUUUAUCCAAAUUAAUGAAAUAGCCAAAGGGUUUCAAAUGGUAGUGCAGAAAACUACCCUUGGCUUUUUAAACAGAGCUUUGUGAAAAAAUGGAAGUCAUUCAGACAAAAAGAGAAUCUUCCCCAUAUUAUGAAUAUUCUAUAUUCUUAGGCAUGCCCUAAGGAUGUCAUACGUAGAUUGCAAAAAUCCAGGCCACUCGCAGAUGGCAAGAAAGCUAUGGAGAAAUCUGGUUGAUUAUUGAGGUGGCCUUUCAGACUUUUGCAGCUGAUCUCAUAGCCUUAAUGUACAGGAAACAGCUUCUGCCUGCAUGUGCUCCUCCCUUUGCUUUCUUACAGUAAGCCAAAUACAGUUCAUUUUAUUUGGAUACUACUGUGGUGGAUUAUGUGACUUAUCACCGAGAACACUGUAAGACAAGUUAUAUGCAAACAUAGUUUCAUGUGGUUUCAGCCAACAUGUAGACUUCAAGAAAAGUCAUUUUAGAGAAAGAAUAUGACAAUUUUAGAGAAAGAGUAGCAAUAGCUCUUAGACUUAUAUACCGCUUCAUAGUGCU